UGACACGUGCUUGAAAUAUAAAUUUUACUAUCCAUCAGUGGCGGGCAAAACAAGAAAAGCAGAAGCCAAACUUGGGAUUACCUCGGCAUUGUUUAUACAAGAGAACGGCAUGUCCUUCCAGCGCAGCUACAGCAAGGUCUGGUGGGGAUCGGACCAGUCCUCCCUGACCAGCGGCGGUUUCUAUUCGAGUUUCAACAGUGGGAGUGGAAAUGGGAGUGGGAGUGGCCCAGCCCGACAGCCCUCCUCCCUCGGCCCACUGGGCAAUCUGUCCUGCAUCCAGGAGGUGGAGGAUGAGCAGAACAGCUCCAAGCUAUCCUGGCACAAGCACGAUAGUCCCGGCAGUCUGCGCAGUCAGGAUUCGGGCUUCUCCGACAAUGAGGAAUCGCAUCAGUUGCAGCAUCAGCUCCAGCAGGCUUCCCCGCAGUCGCCGCAAUCGGAUAGGCAGCAAACGCCCACGGCCACGCCUACUUCCGUGCAAUCGGUUGCCACGCCCCCUACGGUGGUACGCCGGGUGGGCAACUCCUCGUUCUACUCACCGCUGAUCAGCGUUACGCGGCGAAUCUCUUUCACCAGCGGCCAGAUUACGCCCAAGGCGAAGCACGGGGAGAGUGAGGAUGAAGUGGACGCAGAGCUGGAGGCCAGUCGGAGUCGCCUGUUCGAGCAGCUGGACAGCAUGAAGCUGGACGACGAGGCAGUGGGGGCUGAGGAGGAGGAUUCCCCACCACGUCCGGCCAUAAGACGCCGCAGGCGAGUGAUGCGCAAGGCCAAACCGGAACCGGAAGAGGCUUCGGCUAGCGAGGAGGAAGUGGUUGCGGUUCUGCCACCACCGCCGCCGUACAAUAAUGAAACUGUUUACUUGGGCGAGGCACCACCGCCCUAUAACAAUGAAACGGUGACCUUUGGCACCACCGAGCAGGAUGAAACCCUCCAGAUGCAACCUUCCCCCAUGAGAGUUAGAUCCCUGCGAUUCACAGCCAGCACAAGUACGCCGAAAAGUGACUCCAAGAUAGCCAAGAAGGGAAAGAAGCACCCUCAACCCGUGGCCCAUUGGAUGACGGAGCAGCGCUGGGCCUGCGAACCGGAGGUGAUGUGCACCCUACAGCACAAGUCCAUUGCCCAGGAGGCAUACAAGAACUACACGAUUACCACCAGUGCAGUUUGCAAAUUGGUCAGACAAUUGCAGCAGCAGGCUCUGUCGCUCCAGGGGCACUUUGAGCGAAGCGAGCGGGUACUAAGCGGACUGCAGGCCAGUUCUCUGCCGGAAGCCCUCGCCGGAGCCACCCAGUUGCUCUCCCACUUGGACGACUUCACCGCCACGCUGGAGCGACGGGUAAUAUUCUUCAAUGAUGCCAGGAUCGAACGGCGGCGCUAUGAGCAGCAUUUGGAGCAAAUCCGAACGGUUAGCAAGGAUACUAGGUACUCCCUGGAGCGACAACACUACAUCAAUCUCGAAUCCCUGCUGGACGAUGUGCAGCUGCUGAAGAGGCACACUCUGAUCACCCUGCGGCUGAUCUUCGAGCGUCUGGUCCGCGUUCUGGUGGUCAGCAUCGAGCAGAGUCAGUGCGAUCUGUUGUUGCGGGCCAACAUCAACAUGGUGGCUACCCUGAUGAACAUCGACUAUGACGGAUUCGCCUCCUUGUCCGAUGCCUUUAUCCAGAACGAGGCAGUUCGUACCCUAUUGGUGGUGGUGCUGGAUCACAAGCAGAGUUCCGUGAGGGCCUUGGCCCUCCGUGCUCUGGCCACCCUGUGCUGUGCCCCCCAGGCCAUCAAUCAGCUGGGCAGCUGUGGUGGCAUCGAGAUCGUGCGGGACAUCCUGCAGGUGGAGUCCGCCGGGGAGAGGGGAGCCAUCGAGCGAAGGGAGGCCGUCUCAUUGCUGGCCCAGAUCACCGCCGCCUGGCAUGGACCGGAGCACCGGGUUCCGGGCUUGCGGGACUGCUCGGAGAGCCUGGUCGCCGGACUGGCCGCCCUUUUGCAGCCGGAGUGCUGUACGCAGACGCUGCUCCUCUGUGCCGCUGCCCUCAACAACUUGAGCCGGAUGGAGGCCACUUCCCACUACUCCAUCAUGUCCAACGAGGCCAUCUUCCGACUGAUCGACACCCUGGAACACCAGAGCUGCGGCACCAGUGUCUUUCUCUACGAGCAGAUCGUUGGGAUGCUGCACAACAUGUCGCUGAACAAGAAGUGCCACAGCCACUUGGCCAACGGCGUCAUCAUAAAUUUCAUCACGUCCGUGUACCAAACGGAAUUCUACAAGACCUACGGCUCACGUGCGGAGAGCGAUGCCCAGCGCCGCACCAUCAAGACCAUCCUGCACACCCUGACGCGGCUGGCCAGUGAUUCGCCAACCCUUGGAGCGGAGCUCCUGGAGCAGUGGCAUCUGCCGGAUCUGCUGCGCCAAUCCCUGGCCCUCAAGCCCUCCAGUCCGCAACAGCACCUGGACAACAGUUACGGCGGGGAUAUAUCCCAUUUGGCGCGACAACUGCUCGGCGUCCAUCGGCAGGAGCAGCAGCUGUUGCUGGCCACUCCAACGCCAACCGGAUCCUUCUCCAGUGGUCACCAAACGCCCGAGGCACAAACCCAAACUCAAACCAAUUCCAGUGGCAUCUCCAGCUCCAGUGGCAAAACCAAGGCCAAGACGUCGUCGUCGUCGUCGCUGCUCAAAUUCAAUUUAACACGUCAGGAGAGUUUCGUCUAGUUUUCAGCACCUGCAGAUGGAUUGGGGUAUUACAAGUUCCCACCAGUGCUGCACAGAGAGAAAUCUAUAACCAAGUUGUAGCAGUUUCGAAUAUAAAAGCCUGUAUACCAAAUAUUGAUGGGAAAAGAUUAUAUUAUUCCAUAUCUAUGAUGUGUUAAAAAUAUCUUUAAUGUUAUAAAUAUGGUUUAUUAUCUAUCUGAAGUAAUAGAACAGUUUUCUUAAUAAUAUGAACAUAAAUAUUUUGACACGCUACAAAGAAUAUUAUAUAGUACAAACCUUUUAUUCUUCUUAUAAAGCUAUUAUAUAGUAUAUCUAUGUUAUAAUCAAGCUAAAAAGUCCAUGAUUCUUUGUCACAUUUAAAUAUUUAGAAGUACCGAGACUUUGACCUAUUUCGGUGAACUUUUCUCUCUGUGUACACACGUUUUCCGGACGGACACAAGCCGGAAACUCAGACGUGCGUCAAGUGUUAUUACUUUGUCUAGAAUGUUGCGUGACCCGUUUGGACUCGCUCACCCUCUCGUUUCAACCUUACUAUACUAUAGUAUAUCCUUGCUGCUGGAUGUAAACGAAGUAAUUUUUAUAUUUCCACUCAGGCAAACAAAACAAACUGAGGGGCGGAGCGAGAUGCCAAAUAAAUAGAAAUACAAUUUUUCUUUGGCUAUUUGCUAGAUAUUUUUUUGUGUUGCCGAGGCAACUUUUGGUAUUCUUGUGUGCUUAUAACAAAAAUGCUCUUAAAGUGCUUUCUUUCCUCGGCAGCCUGAUUCAUUUUGUGUUUCAUUCAAUGCAAAUGCAACUUUGACAUUUUGCAUUCUCAUUGUAAAUAUUUUUCCGAAAAAUCCUUAACCCAUACGGCUGGCAACUUAAAAACCAAAAACUCGUAAAAUUCCUUAGCUGUAGAAGAGAAGUCCUUUGUGCCAAAUAAAACGAGAAAAGAAAUGCAAACAAUUUGUUUGUUUUGUACUUAAAGCAAUUGUAUUGCAUAACAUUGUAUUAUAUAUGUAUGAAUGUAUUUACGUAUUUACGCUUUCCACAAAUGUUUGGAGCUACGAUUAAGUUUAUUGUAAGAUUAUUAAGUUACGCAACGCCUACAUGGCAAUUAUGUCGCUAAAUAAAACCUUUGAUGUUUAAACCAAGAA